AUGAAUAAAUCAGAAUCGAAGAAUACACCUGGGAGGCUGUUUGACAGCAUCCUAUCUGAUGAUGAUGAUUUUAGAACAAGCUCUUCGUAUACCCACAGCUCAAAGAGCAACACACAUAUGAAUAAUGCCCCUGAGCAGAAACUUAAUGUAAAACAAAAUUCGAAUAUAAAUGACGACACCAGCUCACCUAAGCAACCAUUAAAUAGACACAAAGACCUAUAUUCUUCCGAAAUGCUACCCGGGUUAUUGCCACUGAAACAAUCAGAGACUACCACCGCUAAUGUUUCUACCGAUUUUCCACCACCAGAACCUGUUAAAAUAGAAAAACUGGUAUUUAUAACUGAUGAUCAUAUGGGGAUCUCUACCGUGGAUGCACUACCCAAUCAAACUACUGAUCCAGUCUCACAGCACUCUGAAUUGGUAAGUGAUGAAACGCUUUUCAAGGGAAUAUGUUUAGAUAUCCAUUCCCCAAACGUUGUGAGCUCCAAGGUCUUGCCUAUGCCGGAAAACCCAAGUGAACCUCCUAAGCUUAAAGAGGAGUCGAACUGCAAUUUGAGGGAUAGCGUCGCUCACGAUAGCAACGUGCCGGUUUUGAGCCCACCCGUGGAAAAUGAUUUCCACAACAUCCAACACAAUGUUGUGUGUGGGGAAAGGAGUAUUGACAACCUCGGAAAAUUACGGGAACAUCGCUUGGCGCCCAAUCCCGCUUUACAUUCUCUUGACCUUCUUCAACAGCGUCGAUAUGAAGAUCUGGCGCUGCAACACAGCCUAUCCCAACCUCAGAACAACAUUGAAAGGGGGUAUUCUAAUUUUGGUAACUCCAUCUAUUUUUCGGCGUAUAUUUUCCCGCGCUUGGACGCGUCUCUGGUGAAUCCCAAAACACAGUUUACGCGUGAAAAUCCACCCCCAAACUGCGUAGAAUUAUGUCUUGGCUUUCUGUUGAGAGCUGACCCCCGUUUGAUGGUUUACUUUGCGUUUCUCCUGGUUUCCAUGCUCUUAACUGUUAUUUCUCAGUUUACUCCUCAAAUCAUUAGCAUCAAUGAUAACUGCUACACCUAUUGGGGAUAUAAGAAGAACUGUGAGCAUACUAGCUUCACGGUGCCGGUGUUGCUGAUCGAAAAUAGAAGUGUCAAAAAUUUACUAUUUGUUGGUGGUAUAUUUUCAAUCAUUGCGUUGAUUCUUUAUUUAAUAGCACUCAUCGCUGUAUGGGUGUAUAUCUUUUGUAUUGACGAUCCGUUACGGGAUAUGCCAAAAAUUCUUCGAUGGAGAAUAGGUUGCUUCGGGUUUGCAGCCUUUAUAUUUCAUUUUGUUUCAUUCAUACUCAUCAUAGGUCUUUAUGCUCAAGAAUUCACUUUGAAGGAGACCGAUGACUCAUCCCUUGGCCUGGGCUUUGAUUUAUCCUUGGUGACAUCUCUUUUGCAUUCGCUAGGGUUAAUUUUAUUUAUCUUUGUACCAUAUUCUAAAAUACCUUUCGUAUAG